AUGAAUAAUGUCGAUGAGACUAAUUCCACAAGUGCAGUUGACAUUACUGACUUGAGUAAAGGUGGUAGUUUUACUGAACAAGUUGAAAAUGUUUAUGACAAGGAAGUGGCUUAUUAUAAAAAUGAUAUAGGACACUACUUGGCAAAUAUUGAAUCAGGUGAUGAAUUAUUACAAAAACAUAUAUCGGAGAAUUUAAUUAAAAAUGAUAUAGUUAAUUUAGAUAACGCGGCAAAUGCUUUUUCUGUUAUUGCUGAUGAAACUGCAGAUAUUUCUGAAAUAGAAAAAUUGUCAAUAGGAAUUCGAUUUUUAGUCAAACACUCAAAUCCACCAAAAAUUAGAGAAGAAUUUUUACGAUUUACUCCAUUAGAAAAAUUAAAUGCUCAAUCCGUAGCUACAAACAUUAUAUCAUUUACGACUGACUGUGGUUUAAAUUUAAACAAACUAUAUGGGCAAGGAUAUGAUGGUUGUGCUACAAUGGCCGGACAAGAAGGCGGUGUUAGUAAAUUAAUUCGUAAUAAAUACACCAAAACGUUAUUUUUUCAUUGUUCUAAUCCAGUGUUUCUCAACCUUUGUAUAAUGGCGACACACUAUUAA